AUGACUGACGUCGAGCUCGACCUCCGGCUCCCCGAGCCCUUCGCCAGCAUCCCCCGGACGCCGCUACUAUUCGGGCCCUCGCCCAUCCAGCACCUCCCGCGCAUCAGCGCCGCUCUGGGCGGUCGUGUCCAGGUCUACGCCAAGCGCGAGGACUGCAACUCGGGCCUAGCGUUCGGUGGGAACAAGGUGCGCAAGCUCGAAUACCUCGCCGCGGACGCCCUGGCCCAGGGCAGCGACACGCUGGUCUCGAUCGGCGGCGUGCAGUCGAACCACACGCGGGCCGUGGCCGCCGUGGCCGCCGCGCUGGGGCUGCAGUGCGCGCUGGUCCAGGAGCACUGGGUCGACCUGCCGGCGGCCGACGGCGGCGACGCGCCCGCCGACGCUGCGGCCGAGCGCCACUACGAGACCGUCGGCAACAUCCAGCUGUCGCGGCUGAUGGGCGCGGCGCCGCGGCUCGAGCCGCAGACCAGCUUCGGCAUCGAGCACAAGCCGACGCUGGCGCAGCUCGAGCGCGAGCUCGCCGCCGCCGGCCGCGAGCCCUACUACAUCCCGGCGGGGGCGUCGGAUCACCCGCUGGGGGGGCUGGGGUUCGCGCGGUGGGCGCUGGAGGUGGAGGCGCAGGAGCGCGACCUGCAGCGGCGGCGGGGCGUGGACGACUUCUUCUUCGACACGAUCGUCAUCUGCGCGGUGACGGGGUCGACGCUGGCGGGGGCGGUGGCCGGGUUCCGGCUGGCGCAGGAGCGGCUGGGGUCGCGAGCGCGGCGGGUGAUCGGGAUCGACGCGUCGGCGGCGCCGGAGGCGACGCGGGCGCAGGUGCUGCGGAUCGCGCGGGCGACGGCGGCGCGCAUCGGGCUCGCGCCCGCCGACGUGCGCGACGCCGACGUCGAGCUCGACGAGCGCUACCACGGCGGCCGCUACGGCGUCGCCGACGCCCGCACCCUCGACGCCAUCCGCUUCGGCGCCCGCACCGAGGCCUUCAUCACCGACCCCGUCUACGAGGGCAAGAGCCUCGCCGGCCUCAUGGACCUCGUCCGCAACCGCGAGAUCCCCGACGGCAGCAACGUCCUCUACGCCCACCUCGGCGGCCAGCUCGCACUGAAUGCGUACCCCGAUAUCCAGUGA